GAGUACUUGUUCCAAUUGAUGACAAAGAAUUAAUGACUCAUUACAACAUAAUAGAUAAUAGAGAUAACAUAUUGAGAAAGCUAGAAAAUCAAAAAAGACUCAACCAAUAUUUUACAAUUGUGGCUAAUUCUAUUAAACUUUUGAAAAAUAAUCUAUCCAAGGAAAGUACAUUGGAUUUUGUUACCAAACUGGAUUUUAGUCAAGAUAAAAAAAACUGGCAUAGAACAG